CCCGACUUCUUUACCGUAAAAGGUACGAUUAUAUUCAUUCGAAGUGAGAACUUCUGCUAUCCUGCGUGCCCUGUGGAUAGCAAAAAAGUCACUGAAGAGAGUGACAAGACUUGGCGAUGCGAAAAAUGUUCGAAAUCAUACGAUUCGCCAGAUUACAGAUAUAUCCUAAGCAUUGGUAUAGCUGAUCAUACGGGACAAGCGUGGUUACAGGCGUUUAAUGAUGUUGGAAUUCAAAUAAUGGGCAAAACGGCUACUGAAUUGCAUACGCGUAAGGUCGAGAACGAGACUUUGUUUUCAGCUGCAAUGAUGGAGGCCAAUUUUAAGACCUAUAUUUUCAGAUGUCGUGCAAAGAUGGAAAACUUCCAAGAUACAACGAAAGUUCGUUAUACUAUUUAUACUGCUAGCCCAAUCGAUUGUGUAGCUGAAUGUCAAAGAUUGAUUG